AUGGCACCCUGGCUACAAUUCCUCGAGGCGUGGGCCGUCCAACAACUCCUGCGCACCCCCGCCUUCCACCGCGCCGUGGAGAAGAUCGCCCGGAGAGUGCAUCGCGCACGACACGGGAUCCCGCCCGACGAGCUCGGCGGCACGAACAUCGACCAACCGGGACAGAGCGGAUUCUUGAAACACUUCAUCGACGAGGUCAAGACGCAACUC